CGAAGGUGUUGAAUAAUCUAGGCUCCUGAACGUUCAUUUUGUCCAUUCAUCAUUGUUUAACCGAAUAUUUUUUUGUUACACUCUCUCAUGAAACCUCGUUGUUUGACGUCACCAUAUGGCGCGAAAAAACACGUGGUGUCUCGAUACCAGGGGAAUCCCGAAGGAGCGUUGUUAUUAUUAUGAUAGAAUUGCCUUUUUCUUGAUUCUUGGAAUUCCGACUGACAAAAUUUAGGUUACGGUCAGUUCCCGACUGACCAACGACGGCGUGUGGCUGCGUCAGUUUGGCAAAACUUUGUUUAUAAUACCAUUGUGGAAUAACAGUUAAUUUAGUUCAAGUUAACUUGAAUGUUGGUUCAACUGCGUUCCUCUCAGCAUUCAAUAAAGUAGUCAACUCCAUAAUUCACUAAUUAUAAAAAUGACAGAAGGCGAUGAAACACAAUCACAGGAUUCACAGGGAUCGUUUCAGGGCAAUCUUCAACAGGUGGUGCAAGAAAUUUGUGAUGCCAAUGGUUUGCAAACUUUGGAUAGCAGUGUUCUAGAUAUGAGUCUGCUUGAGAAUUUUCCCAUUAGGGAGGAAAACGUGGAUAGUCAACCAACAUCUCCCGAUAGUGGCUACACUCAGCCACCAUCUUAUGGGUCGUCAGUGAUGACCACCAGUAGUGAUAUAACUGCUGGAACUAUUGUGCUUCCAUCUAUUGCACCGCACUCCCCAGAUAUGUAUGAAAUUGAGCCUCAGCGACUUGUUUUCAAUCCGCCUAUGGCAAAUUCCCUUGGUAAACAUGAAUUCCAGAUACAUUUUGAGAUCACCGAACAUUUUGCCAAAGGUGCUAACUACACACAUUCACAUCUGCUUGAUAAAUUGUUUGUUAAAAUGAAUGUGCCCUGUCCAGUAAAAUUCCGAUGCACGCAUCCUCCACCAGAAGGUUCAUGUAUACGUGCAAUGCUUGUAUUUACAAAUGAAGAACAAACAUGUAUUCCUGUUUGUCGUUGUGCCAAUCAUAUCGGAAUGGAUAAGAAUCAUCAUGCAGAGCAUGUACUACAAACUGCCAUACUAGGUAAUUCAUCUCAUAACUCUUACUACAAUCUUAAGAAUGGAAGAUACAGUGUUCUUGUGCCAUUUCGGGAACUUGCUGUUGGCGAGCAAUAUUAUGUUAUACUCUACAAGUUCACGUGUCUUUUGAGUUGUGUUGGAGGAAUGAACAGACGUCCAGUGAUGGCCAUUUUUACUUUAGAAGACAGGGAUGGAAACACAUUGGGGAGAUCUUGUGUGAAAGUAAAAAUUUGUUCGUGUCCAGGCAGAGAUCGGAAAAGGGAAGAAGAACGUCAUAAAAGAGAAGAAGAGUGUCAUAAAAGAUCUACUGCAUCUUCAAUUGUGUCAUUGCCAAAGAAAAGGCCACGUGUGUCAACAGAUACUGAAAAUGAAAGCAGUAGCUUUCGUUUUCUUAAAGUAAGGAAUGAAAAUUAUGCUAUACUCUCUCAUAUCAAUGAUGCCCUUAAUCUUUCUGCCAUGGCCACUGAGGAACAAAGGGAGAGGUGCCAACAAGAAGAACGUAAUGAUGAGAUUGCACAAAUACUAGCAAAAUUUUGUAAAGAAAACCUUUGAAACUAAGUAUAUCUCACACAUUGAACACAAGCCUUUAUGUACAAUAUUCUUUAUUUCUUUGAAAAUGUUUUGUUCUAGAAAAAAUUGUAAAUUUUGUUUUUUUCCGUGUAAUUUCUGUUUUAUACUAUUUUGGUGAGUCAUUGCUGGCAUUGACUUUUAUUCGUUUUAAAAUCAACCUUAGUGCCUAAAUUUGUGUUAAAAAAUGAGACAACAUUUUGCAUUAUUAUAAUUGGAACACCAUUAUUUCACCACUUUGCGUGAAAUCCAAUUCUUAUGUGUUAAUAAACGGUGAUAUCUUUUUUGGUUAAAUGUAUGUGUAAUAUUAGUCAAAUAGUUAUGGCAAAUAGGGUAUUGUGUAAAAUUUAUAAUUGAUGCAUGAACCUAAAUCUCGUUUUUGUUAUUGAUAUGCAAAUUUUGGAUGCUGUUCUUUUGCUGGUUCCUAGCCGUCCCUCUAGCCUAAAAUUCAUAGUAUGAAAAAAUGAUGCAUCCUUAUUUAUCAUGAUCAUGUAUUAAAUUACUGAGGAUUUAAUAUUCCAGUAUCAUAAUCGAAUUCAUUUCAUCCAUUACAUUUUAGUAAUGGUGUGAGAGAACUUAAAUCUGGUUUUGAUCUGGCUUACUAACACACUUAUUUUGUGAUGGUAAUUUUCUUUAUCUAUUUUCAUUGAUUAGACAAUUUAUGCUGCUGCAAAAUUGAAUA